CACACAUGGACGGGCUGCACAUUUUUCUGGUCCUUCUCUCAGGAGUUGUUUCUCAUUCAAUUUCUGGAUCCAUUUUGAAGGCGAGAGUCAGAUCAGGAGACAACAUCACUCUCUACUGCGACUGCAAAUUAUCAUCUGGAGAACACAUAGAGUGGUACAGGAACUGCUCUCAUGAGAAUCAGCCUUCUCUUAUCCUUAAAGUAAAAGAUUUAUUGACUGGCACUGCCAAGAUUCCCCCUCGUUACCAAUUCGUGAGAAACUUUUCUUCUAACUCCUAUGACCUGCUGAUCACGAACAUCACUGAUUCUGAUGAGGGCCUCUACUUCUGUGGAACUGAGCAGAUAAAAGUGGAAUAUGAAGAAUACAUUACUCAGAAAUAUGUUUACAUAUAUGGCAACGUCACAACAAGGAUCCUAUUAGAUUCUGACUCAUGCCCUGACUCCAUUGGGUGCAUUUCAAACAAUAUGAUUGCUGUGCCCUGGAUGAUGGUGUUUACUCCAGCCUUCACUAUUCUCUCCUCCUUCAUCUCCUUUAUUUUGGUUUAUCACUUCUGUCAAAAAACAGUUAAGGAAUCUCAAAUUCUCCAGAACAGACCUGACACCAGGGUACAAACAAGACGGGAUCAGGAUGAAGAUGUGUUUUUGACAAAAGUUAUGUUCCGGGCUAUGGAUGGAUAAACACGCCAAUAGGCAGAGGAUGGACGACAAAAGCAC